AUGUGGUUGGUAAACAACUGCCUAAUUUUAUGUGUGUCUUCAACGCUGGUGUUGGGUCGGCAGUGGAACGAGCACGAUUUGAGUGAGAUAUCUAUUGCAUAUUUUAAGGCUCGGCAUGUUAAGUUGGUUACCGUAAUUAAUUGUUUUGACGUGAACGAGAAUUUCCGGCUGAUGAAGAGUUAUUUAAAUAACGGGUUUCGCGUACAUGUUGUUGGUUCCGUUGUUGGUGAAUUCAAUGUUUCCGGAAACAGUAAUACUGGCGUGGUGGUAGAUGCAAGAUGUGUGCCAAUGGUGGAUGCCUUGAUGAAAAAUAAAAAUAUAAAUUCAUUUAUGCUGACCAACAUUUACUGGUUAAUUUUGGACAACGGGCCGGGUAUAAUCGAAAGUCAAAGGGUCGAAAAUGGUACAUUCCCAUCCACAAUUCGGCAGAUCUAUGACAAGAGGUUUCGAUUUGUGGAUGUGUUGCCGACUAGUCACGUUGUGGUUGGACUUUUCGACAGCAAAUGGCAGUUGUUCGAUGUCUACAAAGUGUACUGGGAGGCUCGGAUAAAUUACAAUGAAAUAUGCUACAACAAUCAAGAUCUAACGGUGUUAUCCAAUUUGCGGAAAGCUUUAUGGCGUAUCGACAAGAAGGAUCAGCAAAAGCGGAACCUACGUGGAUUUGCAAUGCCGUCAGGAACUGCGAUAACAGCACCUGAAUAUUAUAAAGGGCUGGAGGAUCGCACCGAUGCUAUACACGAUUUGUUCGCGAAAGCAAACUAUCCUAUGAUCAAGGCUUUGAUGUACGAUUUGAACUUCACAAUGAACCUAGUCCAAGUCGAUAAGGUGGGAUGGAAAACGAAUGGAACCUUUAGCGGGAUAAUGGGAAAGUUUCAAACACGAUCCAUAGAACUGGGCUGUAUCGGAGUGUUAAUGCGCUCUGAGAGAAUGGAAGUAGUCGAUUAUACGAUAGUUACACUGUUAAUAGAAACCAGCAUAAUCUUCAAGCAACCACCAUUGUCAGUGGUUUCAAACAUCUUCGAACUACCGUUCAGCGUUGGAGUUUGGCUGAGCUGUUUCGCAUUUGUUUUUAUUUACUGGCUUGCAUUGAUGUUUUUCAGAAUAGUCACCAAAACUGAACCGUUUACUCCCAUGGAAUCAUUGACUUUUAUCAUCGGAACCAUGUGUCAGCAAGGUUACGAUUUGUUACCCCACUUUAAUGCUGCCAAAUUGCUAUUCUUUUUUGCUAAACUGGCAAGUUUUUUCAUCUUCACCUCAUAUUCGGCUAGCAUCGUCGCGCUGUUGCAGAGUCCAAGCAAAGCAAUAAACUCGGUGUCAGAUUUAACUGUAUCUCCGUUGAAGGCCGGCGCCAUGGACACGGUAUAUGGAUGGGUUUAUUUCAACGAAAGUAAGGACCCGGGGGUGCAGGCGCUUUUCCGGAGGAAGAUUAAACCACAAGGAAAAAGAGCUUUUAUCGAGGCCGAUGUCGGGAUGAGGCGAGUCAAAGACGAACUAUAUGCCUUUCAGGUUGAAGUGAAUGCAGCAUACCAGUUGAUAAAGGAAACAUUCACCGACCAGGACACGUGCAAGAUUCACGAGCUGGAGUCUUUCAAGCUGCCACCGUUCAGCAUUCCGGUUGUAAAAGGCAGCAAGUAUCGUGAGCUGUUCCGGCAGCGGCUGAUCCGGCAACGAGAGGUUGGCAUCAUCAAACGGUUCAAUCUGAUUUGGAUUGCUCAGAAACCCAGAUGUGAGAAUGGUUUUGCAGCAUUUUCAUCGGUUGGUCUGACCGAGCUACGGUAUGCGUACAUUUUGAUGGUGAUUGGCUAUGGGGUGGCGUUUGGUUUACUGGCUGGGGAGAUAGUGUGUAGCAGGUGUCGGUACAAAUACGACAAACGGGCAAACAUCGAUAAAGCGAAAGAGCAGGCUUUUGGAAAAGGCAUAGUUGAUAAAGAAUUUCAGUAUGUAUUUUUGAAUUGA